AUGCUCAGUUCGGUGUCAGUCUCCUCUUUCAAAGGACGCAAGGGUGGGAACAAGUCGCCCAACAAAGCAUGUUACAGUGCAGACAUGACUUGUCCGCCAGACAGCGAGAAAAUCGUAAUAAACUGCGGAGGGGUGCGACACGAGACUUACCGCAGCACCCUCAAAACUUUGCCCGGUACCCGCUUAUCUUGGCUUACCGAUCCGGACGCGUUUAGCAACUUCGACUAUGACCCCAAAAUCGACGAGUUCUUCUUCGACCGCCACCCCGGCACAUUCACAUUCAUCCUCAACUACUACCGCACAGGCAAGCUUCACUGUCCCAACGAUGUGUGCGGCCCAUUGUUCGAGGAGGAGCUCGCCUUCUGGGGCAUCGACGAGACGGACGUGGAGGCGUGCUGCUGGAUGAACUACCGUCAACACAGGGAUGCCGAAGAGGCGCUGGACAGCUUCGAGCAGCCCGAGCCAGAGGAGCCGGAAGACGACCUGGAGCUGACUGCGGACGGAGAGCUCAAGAGGCUGUGCCUGCAUGAAGACGGGCGCAAGAGGAGCUGGUGGAGUGUGUGGCAACCCUAUUUCUGGAAUCUUUUUGAGGAUCCAUAUUCUUCCAAGAAUGCCAAGUACUGUGCGUUCCUCUCCCUUCUGUUCAUCCUCAUCUCCAUCACCACCUUCUGCCUGGAGACGCACGAGGCCUUCAACACCAUCUACAACAAAACGGAGAACGUGACGGUGGGCAAUGUGACGCGCCAGGAGAUCGUCUACGAGGUGGUGACCGACGGCUGGCUCACCUAUGUGGAGGGAACGUGCGUCAUCUGGUUCACCAUCGAGGUCAUGAUGCGCGUGAUCUUCUGCCCUUGCAAGAAGGAGUUCUUCAGUAGCACCCUCAAUAUCAUUGACUUUAUUGCCAUCAUGCCCUUCUACCUGGAGGUGGCGCUGAGCGGCCUGGAUUCCAAAGCCGCCAAAGACGUGUUGGGCUUCCUGCGAGUGGUGCGCUUCGUCAGGAUCCUGCGUAUCUUCAAGUUGACUCGUCACUUCGUGGGCCUGCGGGUGCUGGGCCACACGCUCCGCGCCAGUACCAACGAGUUCCUCCUCCUCAUCAUCUUCCUCGCCCUCGGAGUGCUCAUCUUCGCCACCAUGAUCUACUACGCCGAGCGCAUCGGCGCCGACCCUGACGACCCUACGGCCGCCAAACACACAAACUUCAAGAACAUCCCCAUUGGCUUCUGGUGGGCCGUGGUCACCAUGACCACUCUGGGCUACGGGGACAUGUACCCCGAGACGUGGUCGGGGAUGCUGGUGGGCGCGCUGUGCGCCCUGGCGGGGGUGCUGACCAUCGCCAUGCCUGUGCCCGUCAUCGUCAACAACUUUGGCAUGUACUACUCACUGGCCAUGGCCAAGCAGAAGCUGCCCAAGAGGAAGGGCAAGCACAUCCCUCGGCCCACCAUGCCGGGCUCGCCCAACUACUGCAAGCCAGACGCCCUGGCCAUGGCCACCGCCGGGCCGGGUAUGGUGAGCUCAGGCAGCCUGGGGGGAGGGGACUGCCCUCUGGCCCAGGAGGAGAUCAUCGAGAUCAACAGGACAGAUUCCAAGCAGAAUGGCGACGCUGCCAACGCAGCCCUGGCUAACGAGGACUGCCCCACCAUAGACAUGGUGCUUGGGGAGGAGAGGAGUCCUGCUGCUGGGGGUCUGGGCACCGGCGGGAGCCGUGAGCGUUAUCCCCAUGACCGCGCCUGCUUCCUCCUCAGUACUGGAGAGUUCCGUGCUACAGACGGCAACGUGAGGAAAGUGUUGAGUUUCUAAAAUUCCCCUUCCUGUCCAAGAAGAGGAACAACCAUAGGACACAAUUCACCCAGAGCUCCCUACUGGAUUCACUGUGGGCUGGAGGAAUAUGUAACCGGAGAGAGAGAGAGAGAGAGAGAGAGAGAGAGAGAGAGAGAGAGAGAGAAAAAAGGAGAGAGAGCGAGAGAAAGAAAGAAAGAGAACUGAAGGUGAUGGUGAUAAUGGGCGGAUGAUAGAGGACAACGAGAGUCAAAGAGAUUUGUUCAUCCCUUCGCACCAGAAGCAUCCUUCGUUCCUGUGGACUCCUCAAUCAGCACCAUGCUGUAGAAAACAAACUCCAGACCAACAUAACAGACUUACAGACUGAAACACAUACCUUAUGUCAGCAUACUUUACCGUGUCUUACUAUACUAAGUUUAUUGACAUUGAAAUCCCAGACAAAUUAUAAAAGAAACAAAAAAUAGAACAGAAUGCCCCUAGGAAAGAGCCAAAGAGUUAUGGGACAGUAGGACAGUGUUCCACAACUUGGUUGUCAUCCUACUGUAUCAUAGACAAUGCAUGCUCUUAACCACUGUCAAAUGUUCCCUUAGACAAAUGACAUGUUACCGGCUCUCAGAUACAGUAUAUUCAAUUGUUUUUAAAUCUUCCUAUUUGGUACUUCAAAGAUCGGACAUACAGUACGGUAGGCAACAUAAACAAACUGCUGCAGUGGUCUGAGAUUACUCAACACAGUCAGUGUGGACAUGACUACAGAAAAGGCGAGCCAGGUGCUAGCCAAUGGCAAAACACAUUGAAAUAACAGUCAUUUUACUGCUUUGCAGCCAUACACUAUGCAAAGCUAGGAGGCCGACUGACCAUUGCGUCCAGUGACUCCUGAGUCGGCCCACUAUGGUGACGCUACCUGCUUAUGUAAAGUCAGUCACAGCUGUUGGACUGUUUUCAGUGAUUGACAGCCCUUCUCUUACCCUCUCACAAGAGACACAGAAGAUACUGAAUGAUGGGCCACAAUAGUAGAGCUACCAGUUAUAUAGUAUACCAGGCCAUUGGUAAUUUCAUAGAAACCUGCACAUAGGUCUGACAUACGAUACACUCCCUGACUGACUGAUGCUGACUCGUGUUGCAUGAGAGAGGGUGUGGGCUGACCCUAACAGACCUACUCAUCGACCACUUUGAAGGAUUUGGGCCUAAAGAAAACCAGAGUGUGUGUGCGCGUGUGAGAGUGUGUGCGCUGGAGAGUUGAGGAGGACGCCAAAGGAGAGAGACACUGGAAGCAUGACCGCAAUGCGCAUGCCAAGAACGCCAUCGACUGCUGGGAAAACGAGGACAUACGUUGCCCUCUCUUUCUCGCUCUCAAUCGCUCCCUCUCUUUAUCUCCAACCCUCUGCAUCUCAGCGUUGCUGCUCCUCCUCCGUAGCAAACUGCAUGGCAUGAUCGAGAAAAAAAACCUGAGGAACGAAACGUAGAGAACAAAAAGGAUGGAGAGAGAGACCAGAGAGACUUUAUUUUUUAAACCAAACAAUCAUAGUCACAUCAACCUUUUUCAAAAAGAUCCAAUUGGUAACUAUUUGCAAGUGUCAAGAUAACAAACGGCCAACAGCACGUUGAGAGAGUGGCUACUGUAAAGGUCUCUCUCCUUUCUGUAGAAAGGAUGAAGGUCAAAGAGCACUGCACCUCUGGGGGGGAUCACAAGGAAGUGCGAGAAAAGAGCGGGAAGAGGGUGAACUUUGAUAAACAAUUCCGGGAAAAAGUGAAAAUGCAUUUUUAUUACUUUGUUUACCAGCAUGACUAUUCUGCAUGAGUAUACUUCUGCAAGCCCUAACCCCACCCCCCUCCCUAAAAAAGAGGGCUAGGAAUUGAAAAAAAUGUACAAAAUUGAGACGAAACAAAAAAUAUUUAUGUUAUAUGCAACUCAUUUUAAAAAAGAGCAGGAUUAUAUAAAAAAAAAUCUAUAUUUUGUUUUGGGAUAAUAAAAAAAAAGGAAUAACGAAAAAAAUAUAUAGGAUUGCAAGAUACACAUUGAACAAUGUUUUCUUAGACAAAUAAGAUAAACACACACCACAAAAUCUACCAGAGAUGAACUGUGCGAGGAACUUCCCCUGAUACUACAACUACUCUACUACUACUUUGAUGACAACUCUUCUCCCUCUCUGCUACUUCUUCUUCUACUGCUCUCACUCUCUGGUCCUACCGCCCUGAUUGCGCUCCCUGCUGCCAAUUCACUGUCUUCCACCCCACUGUCCAUCCAGGUCCCCUCUCCACUGUCUUGUCUGCAUAACUCUGUUUAGUUGGACUGUGCUCAGAUCCAAUGGGUCAUAUUUACUAGGAUCCAAACGGGCCGGGAACGGACUAUACCUAAACUUGUCUAACAAGUUUUCCGCUGCAAACCUGUUUGCUACGGUGUGCACCAAUGAAUACGACCAUGAUGGACUCGGUUUUUUGGUUCUUUCAUUCUCGUGCUCAAGGUGGGAGAUGGCAGCUUCACCACCGGGACUCGGUUGUAGACUCUAUAAGGUCUCGGCUAACUAAAGCAGUUUAGCGAUACCUAGCAGAGAUUAAACCUCACCCCGCCCCAAGGCUAAAAACCCACUGCGCAUUGGGAGAAAGUAUUUGAUCUGGUGAACGAGAUUAGCGAGGACCUAACACACAACAAAUAACAUGGAUUGGAUUGUGUAGCCCAAUAAUACUGUAGCUCUGACCCUGUACUGUAGCUAGCACCUGUAGCACUGCGCUGACUGGCCAUAGAUAAGGCUAUAUUAGCUCAGCCCUGAUAUUGUAACUAUACAAUGCGUAGCUUUGUGCUGCUAUGACAUAAUGUACUGUAGGCCCAUCUCCCUGAUUAUGGGGAUGUGUAUAACAUGUCGUUGUGGCAUUUAACCCCCAACUGCUGCUGGUGCCCCCGGCGUUGGUGAAGCAGCCAUCUUUGCUCCAUUUCCCAGGUGGGGAUAGCAUAUUGGCCAGGAAAACUGCUGUUCAAAGAUGCGUGAAGGGAACGCCAAAACUGUCUUAUCUAUUCUAUUCUGUCAUAAUGAGCUUUGUUGUCGUUUCUGUUGAUGAACAAAAGCUCUCGUUGACCUUCCACUACCCCUGCCUGUUUCGCAGUAUGACUGUAUGCAUCGCACCAGGCACCUCACCACACUCUUAACAACAGAUUUUUUUUGUUUUAUUUCCCCCUUUUUUCCAUGUUUCUUUUCAAGUGAUUUUGUUGUUGUUGUGUUCUGUUUCUAGGCCUGUAUAUAUAGGUAAUGUCGCCAGUCACGGCAAACCCUUAGCUAGACCCACAUCAGAGUUGAGAUAAUAUGUCGUUUAUCCCCAAUGAAGAGUGCCGUCAUCUGAGCCGUGGUUAGUCUCUAGGUGACACUGGUCUAGCCGAGUGUUCCAGCAGAGCAGGGUUAAUCUGAAGGGUGUUAUUUAAUGUUACAAUGGGGGAGGAGGAGAGGAGCGUUAAUGUUUGAGGGGGGGGGGGGGGGGGGGAGACGUCACUUCAGACCGUGUCAAAUACAAUUUGGGUCACAUUCAUUUGCAUAUUGCUCGUUUUAGAUUUUUGUCUCAAAUGAGUGUUAACUUGUGUUCACUUCCCAAAACGGUUCCUUUGUUUUUGUUUGUUUAUUUGUUAUUAGGCAAUGAUGAUGAUUUUGAUGAUGUUCCAGAGAGGCUGGGGGCUAACUACUGAGAACUGAGCAACUAACUAUGCAAGAGUUUGACUGUAGCAUACGAUUAACUUCAGUGUUUCAUUGUGCCAAAGGAGUUCAGUGUGUUGGGUCUGUUUGUCUGUUGUGUGGGAGGGCAAGAAUGGGGUAGGGUAAGGAUGGAAAAAAGGAGGCAGCUACUAUAUCUAGCAUGGUGCAUUGUUUACUGAAAUGAAUGGGGGUGUGGGGGUUAAAGUAAUUAGAAUAGGGCCCCCCCUGAAGAUCUCUGGAGUUUGCUACUCAGGAUAUGUCCCUGUACUCACAGUUUUCAUUUGAUACACUGGAUCUCUGUCAUUCAUCACCUUAUGUCUGAUUCCUCCCCCUUUUCCUUUUCCUUCUCAUCCUCAACCCCAUUCCUUUCACAUUCAUUCCUUCUCAACACCUGCCUACUCCUUCUCUCACUCUCUCCCUUUCUUAUGGCACGAUGUUUGUUACAAAAAGAAUGAUUUGAUAUGAUAGAGAUAAGUAUCCAUAGAUUAUGGAAGGAUGCAUCACUACUAGACAUUUCAUUCUGAAGAUGGAAAUGAUUGUUUGUGAGGUAGAGAGGGAGAGGGAUCGAUCGGGUGCAAGGUGGAUGGGAAGAAGAGGAGAUGGGCACAACUGGCUUAGAUACAGGUAAAGACAGAGGUGAAUGGAUCACCCCCCCCCCCCCCCCCCAUCAACCUUCUGGUAGCACACCCCACACAGACACGUUAAAUGGAAAUAUAGACCGUUCCAUUUAAAAUGUCAGGGGGGAGGGGGUGGGGGGUCUAUUGUCAGAGCAAUAAUUUGUUCCAAACCCUCGAUUUUGUGGGGGAGUCCAAUGCCAUUUACCUAUACUUACUGUCAAAGAAAGCUUAUCACCUGUAAAAAAGAAAAGGAAAAAAAAAGGAAUCUGUUAAAUACUUUAUUCUGUAUUGUUUUCAUCUUGAUUUUAAAGCAUGCAUCCACAUCUAGUCUCUGAGUUUUGGGAUGGGUUUUCACAAAACAGGUGGUGAAUAUACUGUGAAUAACCGCCAUCUUGUGUGAAUGACUGUACUACCACUUUGUGUCAGUAGGAAUGUGUGUGUGUGUGCUACCAGAAGACACGUUGUGCAGGUGGGGGUGUGUGUGAUCCUCCACGCCCACUUGAGAGGAUUGACAGCUCAACACUUGCAUAACUUUACUUGAAACCCAAAUACAAAACAUAUCAAGAAAGGAGCAGAGUAAAGCCAGAAACCCCACUGUCAUAUAUUCUCUUUCCCCGUCUUUCCUCCCUCUCAUCCCCGUCUCCUAUCCCCCUCUCUUUCUCUCCCUCCUCCACACAUUUUUGAGGAAGAAGCUCUUUUUGCAUCCUUGUUCUUGUGUUUUUCUAACAUAUUGUUUGAAGUUGAAUUCUAAUGCAUGCGCGGGAGAGAAAAAAAAAGACGACUUAACUUAUUUGUGAAUGGCCAGAAUGAAGUAACUCUCUUUUCGCCGGCAAUCUCUGUCUUCCUCUUUCAGCCAGUGGUGAGAUGAUGGGGGGGAAUAUGCAAACUGAAACACUCUUUAAAAAAAAAUGUCUAUAUCACUGUUUUAUGUUCAUUUUUUUGUUGUCAUAUUUUUUGUUUACUGCAGUGUGGCUUGACUGAAGUGAUAGAAAUACACUGGCUAUCGUUCUGUGUAUUGCGCUUGGAAGGAAAGGGAGGUGAAAUAGGCUCAGUUUCAUGAGUCCGAUAUCUUUCCUAAUACACAUACAACCGUUUGGGAGAUCUCAGCAGUGCUAGUAGCAUUGUGCCAAUCUGUCCAUUCUGUUCCAUUUGUACAUGUCCCUCUGUCUUUUGCAUCUGUACAUCUCUAUAUAUCAUUCUGCCUGUCACUUCUUCUGUCUAUAACAGUAGAUGUAUCUCUUAUUCUACCCCUCUAGAUACAGAUACGUCAAUACCGUUGUUUUCUGUUAAUUUUCCUUAUUUGGUGUUUUGACUUAAUUUCUUAUAAUUUGGUGCCUUGUUUACUCUUUUGUCUGAUUCAUGUUGUCGGUGAUUUGUGUUAUGAAUUUUACAUUUGAAAGAACAUUGCACUACUAGCACCAAUGCAGCUAAUGUUUCUAUUGGUCCUGCCAACUGUUGUGACUACAUCGCCGCUAAGCGAAUAAGGCACUGGGUGCAGCCAUGCCACUUUCCUAUCAGGGGAGAAAGAGAGGGAAGACAGAGACGGGAGAAGAGAAGGUUACUACAAUAACACUGAAUGGGGUUUAUGCUAUAAAGACUGAUGCUGGAUACAAUUUUAAUGUCAUAACACAGAAAAAAAUGAAAUAAUCAAGAACUGUAUAAAAUAUAUUUCAAUGGAAUGUUUAUUAUUUACCUUUUAUAUUUUUGAAAUGUGUAAAGAAAAAAUAUGAAUAAACAGUAAUAAUUUAACCAAGUUUGUGAAAAAAGAGACUUAAACACAGUUCUAUUGUUAAAAGUAUGAAAGUUUGAAAGUGAAUGCUAAUUAAACUUAAAACUCUUCUCCAUUACAGAUAGGAAAAUAAAACAAGAAUAAUAAAACGAAAUACCCACAAAAUUAACUGGAAAAAACAAAUCCAAUUUAAAGAGAAAACGUCAAAAACGCUAUAAAAAUAUUAAAAGCUUAUGCCAAAAUUUUCUAUUUGUGUCCUGUGCAUUUUUUUUGUACAUUUAGCUAACAAUUACUAUCACGACUGAUAUUAUGGAGCUGACUGACUGACUCAUGUUGAGGACUUUUAGGGGUCAUAGUUAACAUGAUUAUUGCAGAACAAACAUCGUCAAGUCAUAUUGAUUUUGUUUGUCCUAAUAAAAUGUCCCAUUUAAUACAUUACAUUCAAGUCAAACGUCCCAGACGUUUUUUUGUUGUUAUCAAAAUACAUGUUUCAUACAUUU